AUGCCACCCUCAACAUACGCCCCAAACGCCCUCCAAACCGUCAUCAUCGCCUGGACAGGCAUGGACCUCACCGACUUCGCCGGCCCCGUCGAAGUCCUCUCCCACGCCCGCAACGACCAGCGAGAGCGUCUCUACAAUCUCACCAUCGCCGCCGAGACUGACGAGUCCGAAACAUCCCAAAACGUCAGCAUCCACCGGCACACCGGCAUCGAGGAACUCGUUCAAAACAUCGACAAGUACGACGUCUUGAUCCUACCCGGGGGAGGAGGUUUCACCGCCGACACCGUCCCCGAUGUCCCGGGUUUGAAGAAUGUGAUGAAGGCUUUCACGGCCCUCCAGCCGAGGGAGUCCAAUCCUCGCGUCCUCCUCACCAUCUGCGCCGGCGUCUUCUUCCUCGCCGAAGCAGGUCUCCUAGUGAACAAAGUCGCCACAUCGCACUACUUCAGCCUGCGGGACCUGCAGAAACUGUGCGAUCGACACGGCGAGACGAAGAUCGUGAGGCAGCAUUAUGUGGAUGUGGGGGAUGUUGGUGGGACGAGGGUGGUUGUUUCAGGGGGGAUCACGAGUGGGUUCGAUGCGACGCUUUAUCUUGUGGAGAUGCAGCAGGGGUUGGGGGUGGCAGAGAAGGCGAGGGCGGUUCUGGAUGCGGGGUGGAGGAGGGAGGCGCUUCCGUUUGGGACGUUUUGA